AAUUAUUUUUCAGCCUAUUCCUGGUUCGUAUCCUCCAGGCCAACCUCCUCCUAUGAACUAUCCGACAACGCAGGGACCACCACCGAAUUACAGAUUUCCUCCUCCUGGAGGAGCACCUCCUUAUAUGCCUCCAGGGCCUUAUAAUGUGCCACCAAGACCGAUGUUUGAUGCUAGUAGACCUCCAAUGAGUGGUCCACCACCCAACUUCAAUUCAAACUUUCCCCCUGGAUCUAGAGGUCAUAGAGAUUUCCGAAGAAUGAUGGAUAGACCACCAUCUGGGGUCAUCGACGACCCUUUGGCCGCCUUCAAUCGCCUCCUGCGCGAGAAAGACGAGCAGAAGCGUCGCGCCAAGCGCGGCUACCGGCGCGCCAGUUACAGCCGCAGUCGCAGCCGGAGCCGCAGCUACAGCCGGUCGCCGCCGCCGGCUGGCAGGAGGAGGGGCGUUGGUGGGGGCAGCAGGUCGCCGCGGCCUUUGCGGAGGUUGUCGCGUAGCCGGUCGCGGUCGUUCUCGUUGAGUCGG